AUGACAACUCAAGAAAAUAAUUUAGCAUUAUCUGCAGAUGUCACCAUCGAUUGUAACCAGCCAGUUAAUUAUGCUGCAAAGAUGGAACCGGAAAACUUAGAAUCUUCGAUAGAGUGUGAUUUGAAUUCUCUCACAGUUGAAGAUAAACCAAAUCAACCAUGGAAAGGAAUAAGUAUUGAUAAUAUUUACAACCAUCAUGGACCAUUUGAAUAUCAAGAAUAUUCGCCAAUUGUCCAAUCUGAUUCUCACAUUGUUUUAUUUAAAUUGCCCAUUGAUACACAAAUGCAAAUAGAGCCUUGUCCACUGCAUCCUCCCAACCACUGGCAUGUUGAUUGGGUAAAAAUGCCCCAUUCACUGUGGACCAUGUAUCCAUUUAAAGAGAAAGAAAGAAUGGAAAAUGGUUAUCAACCUAGAUGGGAAGUCAUUAUUGAAGCUUUGCAAAAAAAAAUCAUGUCUAGUGCUCAAUUGGAAGCUGCAAUUUUUUCUUACAACUCAAAGUUUUCUAACCAAUGGAAUUUUCCAGAAACUUUCUUUAAAAAUUUGCUUCCAAAAAUGGUACAAUUAGCACUGCAAUUACCGACUCUUGUUAUUGGCUCAAUUCCAGUAUUGAAAAAACAUAAAAACACCACAUUAAGUAUGAGUCAACUUCAAAUUGCUUCGCUUUUAGCAAAUGCAUUUUUUAGUACAUUUCCCAACUACAAAAAAUAUCCAAACGUUAAUUUUUAUCGACUAUUUGGAGCUUAUAAAGAUGAUAAAUUUCAACGAUCGUUAGCAGUUUCAGAAAAAUUAAGAUGCCUGAUUCAUUAUUUCCGCAGAGUUACUUCAGUUGCACCUCAAGGAACAGUAACAUUUCAACGUCGUUAUAUACCUCUAGAUGAUUGUCCAGAAUGGGGUAAAAUGACUCACCAACUUCCACCACUUCAUAUCACAAGUAAAGGAACGAUUGAGUCCAAUGCUGCUGGUCUUUUGCAAGUAGAUUUUGCCAACAAAAAAGUCGGAGGAGGUGUUUUAAAUUGGGGAUGUGUUCAAGAAGAAAUUCGAUUUGUUAUUUGUCCAGAGUUGAUUGUAACAAGAUUAUUCACAGAUGUACUUGAAAAUACUGAAGCUCUAGUUAUCACUGGAAUUGAGCAGUACAGUAAAUAUGAGGGUUACGGUGAUUACUUCAAAUGGAAUGGAGAUUUUAUUGAUGAAACACCACGAGACAGUAGUGGAAGACGUAAAACUUCUGUAGUUGCAAUGGAUGCAUACCGAUUUACAAAAAGAAAAGAACAAUACACGAUACAAAAAAUCAAUCGUGAACUCAACAAGGCAUAUGUUGGCUUUAGUUCUGUAGAAAGUAAUCAAGAUAAUUUACCUGCAAUUUCAACUGGUAACUGGGGAUGUGGAGCUUUUCGUGGUGAUCCAAAACUCAAAGUUUUUAUACAAUUGAUGGCUGCUGCUGUUAACAAGAGAUCGCUUGUUUAUUUUACAUUUGGUGAUCAGGCCUUACAAGAUAGCAUUGCUGAAAUGUACUCACAUUUAAUUCAACUAGAAAUUCCAAUUGGUAUAUAUAUGUGAAAAAUUUUUUUUU